GUGGCAGUUAUCUGAGAGCUAAAAUAUGGCUGGACAAAUAUCAGAAUCUGAUCAGAUUAAGCAGUUCAAUGAAUUUCUUGGGACAUAUAAUAAAUUGACAGAAACCUGCUUCCUGGAUUGUGUGAAAGAUUUCACCAGCCGAGAAGUCAAGCCAGAAGAGAUGACUUGCUCAGAGCACUGCUUACUGAAGUAUUUAAAAAUGACCCAGAGGAUAUCUAUGAGGUUUCAGGAGUACCACAUUCAGCAGAAUGAAACGCUGGCUGCCAAAGCAGGACUUCUUGGCCAGCCUCACUAAAAGGCAGGGGCUGCC